AUGGCCGGAAAAUCGUCUAAAAAACAGGCACAGGCCAAUCUGCAGGCUUUAAAACAGCUGUACACGAUUUUGGGUGCUGUUGGAGCACUGGUCUUGCUAAGACUUGUCUUCUCAAGCCGGAGACGGUGGUUUUGGAUAACCCUACUCCACAUACCAGCUGCCGGAUGUGUUUACAUGCUAGAAAAGAACGGGAGGCCCAAAUAUGAUGCAGCAGGACACAUUGUGCGAGAGGGAAUGGAUUUGAACCAAAAGGGUCUAACCGAAUGGCUGUUUGAUAUCGUCUAUUUGUCUUUAUUAGCAGAUUCGGGACUCGUUCUUUUCAACAGUUUGAAACUCUGGUACAUAUUUUUGCUGGUGCCCGUAUAUUUUGGGUACAAGAUCAAGGGCUUUGCAGGUCCCAUGCUUGGCGGUAUGAAUAAUGCCAAGGCUCCAGCCCCGUCAGCUUCAGCCCCGGCGACGACCAAAUCCAAGAGACAAGAAAAACGUGAAAAACAGGGCGAUAAGGUGCGCUACAAAUACAAGUAA